AUUGAAAAAAGCGCGAGUUUUAAAACUGAAAUGGAGAAGAUGCAUAAUGCCCAUUACUUCUCAUUAUCUUCCCAAGGGAAUAUCUACACAGUUACGAUACUUCGUUUAGCAAAUAAUACAAACAAAUUAUUGGUGGCGUCUUUACGAAGAGAAAUCAUCUACUUUGAAUAUUUGCAAGGUCCUACCGGCAUAUUAAUACCGAGUACCAAAGAAGUUUCAUUUACGUAUCUACCAAAAGGGGCCGAAAUUAUUUCUAUGGAUGCAUUUAAUAAAUCCGAAACCGCCAAUGACUUUGUAAUAGGAAUUACAAUUAUUAAAAAUAGCACAGAUUUACACGCAUUGGAAACAUUUCUGAAUAUUUACUCAGGAUGGGAGGAAACCAAAGAUUUCAACAUGGAGGUUAUUUCUCAAAAUUGCCUAAAUAAUAUCGAAUUAAAAUACAUUCCCUAUCAACUAACGCAUACCUUUUUAACUGUAUGGCUAGGUGACAAUUUGCUCAACAAAGAAAUCGUGUUCCUACUUUCCGGAAGUGAUUGUAAAAUACAUAUGUAUCAGGAGAACAAAUUAAAUCACACUUACAAGGAGAUGGAGAUUGGCGAAUAUUUUCCAGAGUUUUUGAAACCUCCCACUGUUGUAAUGUGGAUGGACAUAUAUUACUAUAGCGAAUAUUCAAAGAGACUGACAGCCUUUGGAUGUGAAUGUGGUUACAUGCGACUUUGUUGUGUGAACGUCAAAAUCUCUACAAUACUGUACAACUUCUCCACAGACUUCAACAACACUAUUUCAAGCGUCUACAUUUACCCCAACGAGCGAAACUUUAAACAACCAACUUUUAUUAAAGACGUUUAUGCAAUGGAACCAAAAGAAAAUACGGAUCCCGUUAUUAACUUAAUAGUUACAAACACCCUUCUACCACCCGUCUGUUUUCGAGAUAUCCUGCGGCAUGGUUUACGCAGGUAUGAUGCAUUACCGAGGCUCGAUCUGACUAGCGUUUUAACCAGUACCGAAAUCGCCAACGUAAAUUUUGACGGAAGUAAUCAAAUUUUUAUCGGAACCAGCAAUCACGAGCUAAUUGCAUAUGAAUGGGACGGUGAAGAAUGGUUUGUGUCCAACAUUCGUACUUUUGCUUCUCCAAUAUUUGGCGUAAAAUAUCACGACAUUACUGGGGAUGGUGUUAAGGAAUUAAUUGUUUUGACUAUGAAGGGGAUUAUUAUUUUACAACAUGAUAUUUCAAAUGUUAAUGAAGUUUUGUUGAACAAACUUAAAACGAUAUCCAUACCUGAUAUAAAGCGGUUAACAUUAAAUUAAAUGGUUAAAUAAAUUGUUUUAUAUA